AUGUCAUACGACGGUAUAGGGCUCAAGAGUGCCAAAGGCUCAUCGACAUCUGGGCAUAUCCAGCAGUCGCUGGCGCUGAAUACGGAAAGGAAAAACGUCAAGAACUUCUUAAGUCGGGUAGAGAAGCAGCAACAACGACCCAAAUCCAGCGCGCAAACAAAGCGCAAAGAUGAAAGCAUUUUGAAGCAUUUGAGUAAGCGCGAGCUGGAGCUGCGCGUCUCGGAGUAUCGAGACGCCCUCGAGGACGAUGAUUCGCUUUCCGACGCGACAAUCGAUGCCAAGUGCCAAGAGUUCCGCGAGAAAACAGCGCUGCAGCUACGAAAGGAGCAUGUGGAUGAAAAGCUGCGAAAUGCUUAUGUCUCUAGAAGUAAGCGGCAGGCUGAGAGCGGCGCAGCAGAUCAAUGA